AUGAACUCUGCCUUGACAGCAGCUAUUACGUUCGUAGUAGGGUUCCUCGUCGUGAAAUGGUUCCUCAACAGCUCGGAAUCUCACCCGUCGACUAAAAGGCUCGCAACAGACCAACAACCGGCAACGAACGCAAACGUCGCGGCAGGUAGGGACAGAGCAAACCGUGCCUCCGCAAGGGCACUAGAGGUACAGGUCCAAAGAGUGCAGGCCGUGGCCACCAGUAUGUCCCCGGAUCAGAUCAGAGCAGCACUGAACCAGAACCAGGGGUCCGUCGAGACCGUCGUGGAGAGAUACUUCAACGGCGAGUUCCCUGUCCAGGCGCAACCACAGACGGACCGCGGGGUUCAACCGGGAAGCGGGACCUCCUCGGACCCGAGGAAAAGAUCCAACAUCAAGCCGGACAACCUCAUGGUCAAGUUCGACGUCCACGACUCGGACCAGUUCGACGAAAACGUGCCCUUCAACGAACUCGACUUGAAACAGAGAAAGAGGUACAUGGUGUGGAAGGCAAGACAGACCAUGAAACAGACUUUGCAGUCCGAUAAGCAACUCGCAUCUCUAAUAGACUAA